CCAGGCACUCAGGUUAUCUGUCUUGUAGAUCCACUUGUAGCUCGUUCAAAUCCCACCCCGCUUCAGGAGCAAAAAGGAGCGGGCAGCAACAUCUUCAUUUGAUCAGGAAGUCCUCUUUCUUGAAGCCCUUGUCCUUUCUGCUCACAUCCUAUUGGCCGAAAUUUAUUCAAAUGGACAUACCUAGCUGCAGGGAGUCUGGGAAAUGCGGCCACCAGCUGAGUGGCCAUGUGCCAUUGGGUGGUGUUGUCUAAUUCUAAGAAAUACCAUGUGGAUGUUGGGACAGUCUCUGCCACAGAAGCGUUUCCACUGUGUUCGAUGGAAGUUUUGUCUAUUUUCAGGGCAUAGUUUAGACUGGUGCUCCUCAGUAGUUUUCCUGUGAUGGUGAAAAUGUUUUCUUUCUCUGGACUCUUGAUCUUGGAAUUAUGAGUUAAAGCUCUACGUUGGGUGUGGAAUUUACUUAGAAGAAACAAAAAAGAAAUGUUGCUUUUUGAGUCAUCCAGUAUGGUUACCAUGAGCCCUGUGGACUUGUGGAGGGCUACACACGUGGCAGUUGAGGAAAUGAAAUUUUAAUUUAAUUUUAACCAUAUGUGGCCUGUGGUUAUUGUUUUUAGACAGCAUCCCUCUGGACCAUGGGUUUGGAAGGGAAAAGGGUGUCUGUGAAAUAGCAUUGAGAGGGUCUGAUGGCCCAGUAACAUCGUCUCUCUUUUCUCCUCUGAAAAGCCCAAGUGUGUGGUUCUCUUUGGCGAGCAAAACAUGACUGGGACGGUGCCGGAGUGUGAAGGAGUUUGAGAAGCUGAACCGCAUCGGGGAAGGCACCUAUGGCAUCGUGUAUCGGGCCCGGGACACCCUGACAGAUGAGAUUGUUGCCCUGAAGAAGGUACGGAUGGACAAGGAGAAGGAUGGGGUCCCCAUCAGCAGCCUUCGAGAGAUCACACUGCUCCUUCGCCUUCGCCAUCCCAAUAUCGUGGAGCUGAAGGAAGUGGUUGUGGGAACCCACCUGGAGAGCAUCUUUCUGGUGAUGGGUUAUUGUGAGCAAGAUCUGGCCAGCCUUCUGGAGAAUAUGCCGACACCCUUCUCUGAGGCCCAGGUCAAAUGUAUUGUGCUACAAGUGCUCCGAGGCCUUCAGUACCUGCACCAGAACUUCAUUAUCCACAGGGACCUGAAGGUGUCCAACCUGCUCAUGACUGAUAAGGGCUGUGUGAAGACAGCGGAUUUCGGCCUGGCCCGGGCCUACAGCAUCCCCAUGAAGCCAAUGACCCCCAAGGUGGUCACACUCUGGUACCGAGCCCCUGAACUGCUUUUGGGAACCAGCACGCAGACCACCAGCAUCGACAUGUGGGCCAUGGGCUGCAUCCUGGCAGAGCUGCUGGCCCACAAGCCCCUUCUCCCCGGCACUUCCGAGAUCCACCAGGUGGACCUGAUAGUACAGCUGCUGGGGACGCCCAGUGAGAACAUCUGGCCAGGUUUCUCCAGGCUGCCGCUGGUGGGCCAGUACAGCCUGAGGAAGCAGCCCUACAACAACCUCAAACACAAAUUCCCGUGGCUCUCAGAGGCCGGCCUGCGCCUGCUCAACUUCCUCUUCAUGUAUGACCCUAAGAAAAGGGCCACAGCCAGAGAUGGCUUGGACAGCUCAUACUUCAAGGAGAAGCCACUGCCUUGUGAGCCAGAGCUCAUGCCCACCUUCCCCCACCACCGCAACAAGCGGGCCAUCCUGGCCACAUCUGAGGGCCAGAGCAAGCGCUGUAAGCCGUGACAAGUUGGCAGGAGGUCUGCGAUGGACAGCCAUGGACUGGGGACGCCUUUGUAAUCCAGGCUUGCAGGGCUGCUGACAUCUGCUCCUCCCUUGGUUGAGAGCCACCUGCUACUCCUGCUGAUUACACCCCUUCCCCAGAAGAGUGGGGAGGGGGACACCCUGAAGGGCUGGCACUCUCAUACUGGGCACCUGCUGUCAUGUCCUCAGCUGGUAACUCUAACCCUCACUUUCCAGGGGGAAAUGCCCACUGGGCCCAGUUCAGUGAGCAUUGCUAGCUUGGGAUGGACAGACCCCCAUGAUCGCCUGUGCCCCUCCCACCCCCACCUCCGAGCACCAGGGUCUGUCCGGGUCAGCAAGAGGCUGUGGUGAACAGCCCCCUCAGACCCCAGGUAGGGCUGGCGGCACUCAGGAUGGGAAGGAGAGAUUGAGCGUGGGUCACAUCCCACCUGAUGGACUGGGGUCCAAGCCCUGCUGCCCCUGCACUCACACUGAGGCCCAGAGGGGAGAGGAUGGGAGUCAGAUAAAAAAGAUUUUCUAACAGGCAUAA